AUGUCCACCCGAGAAAAAAUGAGUCAGGAACCACCACCCCCCUAUACAAAAUAUGACUGGAAAGAGGCUGAGAAAUACUAUGAAGCAUUUGAAUCGCUGUCUCUGCUGCAGAAGCUUAAAUAUGACUACGAUGUUGUGAAAGCGGCUGUGCACUCGCCCUACGUUCACCAGUCCCCUGAAAUCCUUACGAGACACAAGGAAUUUCUCCAGAGCGCGUCUUCGGGCGUUAAACAAUUUCGCCGGGAUUUAAAGAAGGGAAAAAUUCCUCCCUCUGAGCUGGAGCGGAGAAGACAAUGCGUUUAUACGGCUUAUGCUCAAGCCAUGAAUGAAAUUGAGCGUUGGACAGAAUUUCGUUUUGAUUCUAUUGGUGGGAAGUCUGAGGGUAAUUGGCAGCGAAAGAGAUGA